AGGAGCAGGAGGAGCCGCUAGGGAAGGGGCCGGAGCACAGCGCAGGAAAGGGGCGGAGGACGCGCGGCUCCAGCUGUCCGUUCGGCGCGCGCGGCGCUCGGGCUGGAGGAGGCCCGGCGCUGCUCCCGGCGUUCCGCGCUGUUCCCCGCGCACCGCACUGCUCGGAGAGUCCCGCGCAGCUCCAGCCGCCCCGCGCUGCUCCCGGCGCUCGGCGCUGUUCCCCGCGCACCGCGCUACUCCUAGAGCCCCGCGCAGCUCCGGCCGCCCCGCGCGCACCACCGCGCGCCCCGUGGCCGCACGGAUCAUUGACUCGCUCUGCCCGUGCCCUUCCAGUGCCCCCGCGUCCCACCGCCCGCAGCCCCCAUGCCCCGCGGCCCCGCCGGCCCCCGCUGGCCGCUCCUGCUGCUGCUGCUGUUGCUGCCGCCGCUCACCCGCGGCGCCCCGGCCCGGGCCGGCUCUCAGAGCCCGGCCUCGGAGCUGGUGGUGCCGACGCUGCGGAAGGACAGCGAGGGCCAGCUCAGCGUCCACCUGUCGGCCUUCGGCCGGGCCUUCGAGCUGCGCCUGGUCCCCGACGCGCGCUUCCUGGCGCCCGCCUUCAGAGUGCAGCACCUCGGGACGCCUCGCCGGUCGGUCAGCACCCAGCACAACCUGCGCGGCUGCUUCUUCUCGGGCGCGGUGAACGGGGAGCCCGGCUCGCUAGCGGCCGUGAGCCUGUGCGGCGGGCUGUGGGGCGUCUUCCUGGUGGCGGGCGAGGAGUUCACGGUGCAGCCGCAGAACCCCGGGGGCCCCUUCGAGGCGCCGCACCUCCUGCAGCGCUGGGGGGACGGCACCGCGCCCAGAGCGCCGGAUGGCCCGGGGGGGACCCCUGGAGACCGCGAGCGGAAGAACGAGGCCGUGGGGGACGAGGGAGGAGAAGAGGCAGAAGACGCCGGCCAGCUCCCACCGCCCCUGGGGGCCACGAAUCGGACCAAGCGCUUUGUGUCCGAGGCGCGCUUCGUGUCCGAGGCUCGCUUCGUGGAGACGCUGUUGGUGGCCGACGCGUCCAUGGCCGCCUUCUAUGGGGCCGACCUGCAGACCCACAUCCUGACGCUCGCAUCCAUGGCGGCCCAGAUCUACAAGCACCCCAGCAUCCGGAACUCCAUCACCCUGGUGGUGGUCAAAGUGCUGAUCGUGGAAGACGAGAAAUGGGGUCCGGAGGUGUCCAACAAUGGGGGGCUCACACUGCGCAGCUUCUGCAGCUGGCAGCAGCAUUUCAACCAGCCCAGCGACCGCCACCCUGAGCACUACGACACGGCCAUCCUGCUCACCAGACAGAACUUCUGUGGGAAGGAGGGCACGUGUGACACCCUGGGCGUGGCGGACAUUGGCACCAUCUGCGACCCCAGCAAAAGCUGCUCGGUGAUUGAGGAUGAGGGCCUGCAGGCGGCCUACACCCUGGCCCACGAGCUGGGGCACGUCCUUAGCAUGCCCCACGAUGACUCCAAGCCCUGCGAGCGGCUCUUCGGAGCCAUGGACAAGCACCACAUGAUGGCACCCCUCUUCGUCCACCUGAACAAGACGCUGCCCUGGUCACCCUGCAGCGCCAUGUACAUCACGGAGUUCCUCGACAGCGGGCACGGAGACUGUCUCCUGGACAUCCCCUCGGUGACCGUGCCCCUCCCAACCGGCCUCCCAGGCCGCAAGCCCCUCUACGAGCUGGACCAACAGUGCAAGCAGAUCUUUGGGCCGCACUUCCGCCACUGCCCCAACACGUCUGUGCAGGACGUCUGCACCCAGCUCUGGUGCCACAACAGCAGCGCGCAGCCCCUCUGCCACACCAAGAAUGGCAGCCUGCCCUGGGCCGACGGGACCCCCUGCGGGCCCGGGCUCCUCUGCUGGGAUGGCAGCUGUGUGCCCGAGGGCGAUGUGGAGAAGCCCAAGGCUCCUGUGGACGGAGGCUGGACCCCGUGGGGACCCUGGGGAGAAUGUUCACGGACCUGUGGUGGAGGCGUGCAGUUCUCCAGCCGGGAGUGCAAGGACCCCAUGCCUCAGCACGGAGGCAGCUACUGCCUGGGCCGCAGAGCCAAGUACCAGUCGUGCCGCACGGAGGAGUGCCCGCCUGACGGGAGAAGCUUCAGAGAGCAGCAGUGUGAGAAGUACAACGCCUACAACUACACCGACCUGGACGGGAACCUCCUGCAGUGGGUCCCCAAGUACGCGGGGGUGUCGCCGCGCGACCGCUGCAAGCUGUUCUGCCGCGCGCGCGGGAGGAGCGAGUUCAAAGUGUUCGAGGCCAAGGUGAUCGACGGCACCCUGUGCGGGCCCGAGACCCUGGCCAUCUGCGUCCGCGGCCAGUGCGUCAAGGCCGGCUGCGACCACGUGCUGGACUCGCCCCGGAAGCUGGACAAGUGCGGGGUGUGCGGUGGCAAAGGCAACACCUGCAGGAAGGUCUCGGGGUCCCACAGCCCCUCCAGUUAUGGCUACAGUGACAUCGUCACCAUCCCAGCUGGUGCCACGAACAUCGAUGUGAAGCAGCGGAGCCACCCCGGCACCCAGUACGACGGCAACUACCUGGCGCUGAAGACGGCCGACGGGCAAUACCUGCUGAACGGAAAUAUGUCCAUCUCAGCCAUCGAGCAGGACAUCCUGGUCAAGGACACCGUCCUGAAGUACAGCGGCUCCAUGGCCACCCUGGAGCGGCUGCAGAGCGUCCGGCCGCUGCCCGAGCCGCUGACCGUUCAGCUCCUCACCAUCCCCGGAGAGGUCUUCCCCCCCAAAGUCAAAUACACCUUCUUCGUCCCCAACGACAUGGACAGAGAGAAAGCGACCACCAAUAUCAUCCAGCCGCUGCUCAGCGCGCAGUGGGUGUUGGGGGACUGGUCGGAAUGUUCUGGAACCUGCGGCACCGGCUGGCAGCGGCGGACAGUGGAGUGCCGGGACCCCAGUGGUGAGGCUUCCACCGCCUGCAACGAGGCUCUGAAACCCGAGGUGACCAAGGCCUGCGAGAGCCAGCCGUGCCCCCUGUGACCACGUGGCAGGGGGCUGCUCUGGUGCUCUGGAGUCGGGCUGCUGGGGGAAAGGCGGGGACCACCAUGCCCCCGUGGCCCCUCAGGCCCUGCGUGAGUCCACAGGGGAGCAGAGGAGGGGGUGCAGCUGCAGUUCCUAAAGCCAGCCAUCUGGUUGGACCUGACUUGGGUUCAAGAAGAGGGCCUAGGCUAAAGGUCAAAGCACAUGUAUCGACCCCAGCAGGUGACGUGGAGUCAGCCACUUUGCAAAGGACUAUUAAAUGAAAAUUUGUUUCUA